AUGGAGCUGACGCCAUUAAUCCCGGAACAUGAGGAGUCUGGGGGGGCAUGGAAGGUCUACGUGGAUGGAUCCUCUAACAAUAAAGGAAGUGGAGCUGGAAUCAUAAUAGAAAGACCAAAAGGAGUAACAAUUGAACACUCCUUGAACUUGGGAUUCCCAACUUCAAAUAAUCAAGCUGAGUAUGAAGCUCUGAUAGCCGGGUUGAAGCAGGCUAAAGAACACGGAGCUAGAAAGGUUCAAGUCUUCAGUGACUCACAGCUGGUGACUUCGCAGAUAGAAGGAAAAUACCAGGACAAAGGUCCUCUGUUGAUGAAAUACUUGAGUAAAGUUCAGGAAAUGAUGGCUGAUUCUGAUGAGGUGCAGGUCACUCACAUCCCUCAAAGGGAGAAUAGCCGAGCUGACAUCUUGUCAAAGCUGGCAAGCACUAAAAGUUCGGGUAACCACAGAACUGUGGUUCAACAAAGCAUAACAAUGUCGAGUUGUGUGAUGGUGAUAACCUGGAGGAAACCCAUAGUGGAUUACCUGGAAAAAUGA